GGUCAAGUAAAUCCGGUUAUCUGAAUAAUACGAAGCUUUGUAUAAUGCUAAUUGUGUAAUUAAUGGUCACAGUGUGGUACCCCCAUGCCUACGGACCUCCCGCCAAUCCUUACAGGCCAAUUAGGCUGGCUAGACUGCUGAGAGCGAGAUCCUAACUUUCCACUAUUCUUAACCAACUCUCAGAGCUCGCAAGAAGAUCUAGCAGCGCCUUGGUCUACCUACCUACCCAUCGCAAACUCCACCGUGGGAAACCAAGAUUGAAUCCAGAAUAGUGUUUCGAUUGGCAGUUCGGUUCAAGUACGAUCAUACAAACAUUUCAUUUCCCAUCUUCGAACAUGGGGAUCAUGAAGAGAAAUUCAAUCAACCAGAAUUGAUUUGUGCGCGCCAAUUUUAAGAGCGAAGAUAAGCACAGUAAACACCGGUCACCGUGUGGAUGUGAAUGUGUGUUCUGUUUUGGGUACCAAAAUAAAGUGUGAACUAAAGUGUGAACUAUAGUGUGAACUAUAGGUUUGGAAAACGACAGACCCCUGCUAAAAAUGGAUGUCUGGAAAGUCUUGAUCUUGACUUUGAUAUGGCUGUUGACAGCAGACUCGGCUCCGCCGGAUUAUGUGACGUUAACCCGUAAAAUGGAGAGCAAGAUUCUACGGGUUAUGGGUCUAAGCGAACGACCACGACCUAAGCCCAACGCUACGGCACCUCAAUACAUGUGGGACCUCUACAGGCAAAUGGCAGCAACAGAAGAGGCAGCUAGUCGAGGAGGAGAAACGGAAACGGGGGAUGAGGAGCAAGAUGGAAGGCCGUGCUCCGAAACCAAACUCAGUAGCAACAUCAUCAGGAGUGUUCCUAAUUCAGGUGGUAGCCUCCAAACAAGCAACUCAACAAGCCUUCAACAAAUUCUCUACUUCGACGUAGCUUCCAUUCCUAAAGCAGAAACCAUUGAGGCUGCCGAUCUCCGACUCGAGAUUCCCGCUCUGUCAUCAACAUCGGAUGCCUCUACAUUAGCACUGAGAAUAUACCAACUACAAAGUCGGACUAGGCUAAAUUCAGUUGUUUCAUUGAAAGACAAACGUUUGAGAUUGCUCGAUGUUGUGUUUGCAGACAUGUCCGAAGGCUACGCGGGGACGAUAGAUGUGAUGAUGACUGCGAGCUCAUGGCGAUCAAAGAAAAUAUCAAACCACGGUCUCUUGCUACACAUGGAGACGCUACCGAAUUCAGGCAACAGUCGAAGUGAUCGUAGAACCAUUAAAGAGCUUGGAAUGAUGGGUAAUAAAUGUACAGCCAAUCUGAUUGUGACGUCAUCAGAGUAUCGACAAUGUCGUCAGUCGAAUCGACGGAACAAGCGACAAGCUGAAAGCGAAACUACCGCCGAUAUUUCGUCAUUCCCGACGGCAUCACUCACCAACCUUUGCCAACGACACCGUCUUUUUGUGAGCUUCCGUGACGUCGGGUGGGAGGAUUGGAUCAUUGCUCCAAUGGGCUACCAAGCGUAUUACUGUGAUGGCGAGUGUCCAUUUCCACUCGGUGAACGACUCAAUGGUACCAAUCACGCCAUCAUACAGACACUCGUCAAUUCAAUCGACAACCGAGCUGUUCCAAAGGUCUGUUGUGCUCCUACUAAACUCUCUGGCAUCUCUAUGUUAUAUUUUGAUAAUAAUGAGAAUGUGGUGCUUAGACAGUAUGAAGAUAUGGUGGUAGAGGCUUGUGGGUGUCGAUGAAAGACAUCGGUUUAGGAAACACCCUUUUGGACCGUCCACAAAAUCAUAUUUUGUUUACCGUAGAAUGACAACAGUACAUGCUACGAAGAACCAUGGCGUACGAAGAACUGCACAGCGUCAAGUCUGAGAGUGUCUGAUGAACGAAACAAAGGAAGAAAUCCCAUAUUUGACGCGUUUUUAUGAGUAAUUUGUGUGAAGCAGUUUUAGCAUUCCUCUCGCAAGGUUUUGAACCACGUUCUGCUCCCAUAGGUCUACAAGAUCAUGUAUUAUUAUUAUUGUACUGCGACAGUCAAAACAAAAUUAGUUUAUAUCAUGUUCGGAUUGGCUGUUGGAAGCAUUUUGCCCUCACUAAUCCAAUUCGAUUAUGCUGUAAUGACUAUCAUUUAAACGUCAUUAGUUGUAAACCUUAACCAAGUUUUGAUUAGCGUGACUCUAUAAAUAUUCGACACUGUCAGGAAGUGUCGUCGCUCUACUGUUACGAAUACUUUAAAAUUCAAAAUGAGACAUAGGUGACGAUAGAAUAACCGUGGACACAACCCAUGGCGCGUGCUUUUGCACUAAGGUGCAUCGUUGGUUGCGUACUAUCGGCAACUUUCUGUGAUCUGUACGUCUUAAUAAGAAAAACGACUAGCAGAAAUUUGAAAAUUGGUCAGAGUCGAAUACAGCUGAGAUGCACGUGCGUACAGAAGCAUACACGAUGGGUUGUGACCAAUGUUUUACAUCUCUUAAAGUAUCUAUGAAUCCCACUUUUGUCAUGCAUGAUCUUCUUUUUUAAUCCUCGAACGCAGAGGGUGCGACAAGGUUCUCAUACCGAACAACUUCUGUUUGAAAUUAUGUCUCCAUUCGCUUGAUUAUUAUGGUAUGAAAACUCAUUUCUUAUUCCUCUAAAGAAAGACUGAUCCUCCAUUUCGCUCAGCAGUGGGAUGAAAACGAGUUGGCAAAACCAACUUACCACGUUGGUUCAUGGGCAAGUGGUCCAUUGCUCCUGAGGGCCGUUCAAAAAAAAAAAAAACCUGCAUGUAAGUUACGCAUGAUUUUACGAACGACUGGUGACCCCUUCCUGUGCUAAAAAGAUAUCAAGGACACAUCCCAGUCGUGCGUAAAUUCACGCGUAACUUUCUGAACAGCUUUAUGAAAAACCACCCGGGUAUGUAAGAAGACAUUCUUUCAUCACAAUGUUCAGUUUGUGUUGCAGUCAUAGAUCGUAUCUUGAAAAUCCGUCGUCAAAACUUCAUAUUGAGGUGUCCCGAGUUGCCGGUACCAUGGGUAUAACGAUUGCCAUUGAUUCCAAUAAAAUCACGAUUGUACCAUCGUUGUGUGAUUCCAUGGCAACACUCUCUGCCUUCUCUGGCGACAUUCUGUCUUCUUGAUGAA